AUGUCUUUCCUUCAUGGAGUUCUUGACUCUGUGAAAGAUGAUGAUAACGUUUCACAUUACUUUGACUUCACAAAUUGCAUUACUACAAUCAAGAACUCUAUGCAUCAAAAAGGUGCGCUGCGGGAGUGGGAGGAGAAGGUGAAGAAGGAGACUCAAUCACUUAUAGCUCAUUUAGAUUCACUUCUAAAGUUUAAUUUUGAUAACAUGAAUAAUGCACUUGAAUUACUAAAUACGCUUUUUGUUCCUGAUGACCUUCAUAAGGUUACCUACCAGUGGCAUAUUUGCAUUAGCGAAGCUGAUAAGCUUGCUAAGUUUUUCGCAGUAGCGAAGAUAGAAUACUUUCAACUUGAUCAUCCACUUAGAAAUACGCUACGUAACUGCGUACGGCGUGCUGAAUUGGAGGUAGAGAGGUUCGUGGCUGGUGCUUGUAAUAGUGAGUUAAGGGCUGCGAUCGAGACAGCGGAGGGUCAACUGAAGCAUUUGCAAAAGCAAAUCAAUGAGCGUUUCAAGGGCCGUGUAGAACAGAUGGCUGGGUGUAUUAAUGUCAAAUUCGAAGAACAAUUUCAUACUCCAAUAAAAAAUGUACAGGCGAAACUAAAUGACGCUAAAACUUAUCUGGAUAAGUGGAUUGUGACUGCUCAUCUUAUGUUCAGUGAGGCGAUUCAGAAGGGCGGAGAGGCGCAUAAGAAGUUGGAUUAUACGAGAAAAGAAUCGACUUAUCCGGUUGGUUAUAAUAUACAGCAAAUUGAGACAGCUAAAGAAUACAUCCAGAGUGUUAAUACCCAAGUCACUAGAAUUCACAGCGAGUUGAAAGCGUGGAUGGAUAAGACUAAAAAAAUAGUUGAAGAUGCUUUGUUGAAAGUUGAUGGUAUUCUGAAUGACGUUGGCGCCCAAAGCCAAAAUAAGUUGGACGUUGAAAGCGCAACUGUAAGACUAAAAGACGUCACUCAACAGAAUUAUGUUAAAUUCAAACAACAGGAACUUGAAGGCUACGCCUUCAAGGCCAAAUACACUUUGGAGAAUCUCGCUAGUGAGGUGACUAAAUUGAUGGAUGAGAAGUUCAAGGCUGCGCAGGAGCAAUUUAAAUUGUGGGUUAGCGGGAGUGGGAGCGCCGGUGUUCGCGUUCCUCAAGAAUUGGAGCAGGCAAUCAUGUCUAUCACUCAGAUUUCGAAUGCAAUUCACGCCGCAUCUCGCAAUGUAUCACAUAAUCAUGUUAACCGUGUGCCGUUACAUCGCUAUACACACGCUCAGUCACCUAAUCACUUGCUUAGUGAGUCGGUGGCUCAGUUGCGAUCGUCUCUGUCAGAAGUUGAACGCACAUUCCCCAACGGACGUCAAAUCGCUAAACCUUCAGAGGCCCACACUGCCACUCGGUAUCUUUCAUCAAUUUCCAACCUUGCCACUACCACAAGACUAGUCAUCAUAUCCGCCAUAGACCAUCUCAAUGAGCAAAUUAAGAGUGCACUGCCGGACGUUGGUGGCCUAAGUAUUGAUUCAAACAAUGGUUCCUCAACCAAUAAGCUCACUGUUGCGUUGCAAGGUGCUGAUACAUUUGCCGAACAACUCCAAUCACUUAAAGGUCACUUUGUUCGGUUUCCUGGUGGUUUCGAUAUAGAUAGCAUGUCUCGGCAACUGAGCAAUAUAGUAGGUGCUGUUCAGCGUUUUAGUAGUAUCUUCGACAGCGAUAAAAAGGAUUUUGACAACCUGGCACAAGGCAUCACUAGGCCUUUCAACAGGCUCCUCCAAGCUGUUCAGAUGCAAGCGGAUGACCAAGCAAGGAAUGGUCUAAAGCAAUAUUUAAAAGAUCAAUUACAAGAUAUUUAUUUCAAGCAAUAUGACUCCGGCAAAUCCAAUGAACCAAACAAUAAUGAUACCAUCGACAAGCUUAAAACUGACCUUAACACUCAACAGUCUGCGUUGCCAGGCCAUACCAGUACUAUCGAAUCAGCAGUCCACGCAAUGAAAGAAGAGCUCAAGAGACUUCAAAAGGAGCUGCAGACCAACGUUAUGGAUAAGUUAAAAAAUGUACAUGACAAGGGUAUCUUCGGAGAUGCAGAAUGGAAAGGUACUGUCGGUCUUAAGAAAAUUCACAACGAACUUAGAGAUAUUCUAGGUCCUAAAAGUAGAGAUAAUACUUUGGCUAAAAUUCUUCACGAUGCCGAGAAUUUCCACAACUCUGUCAUCCAUGCUGAAGCAACAAACGUCAUCUCCGACAUACAAAACUUCGUGGCCCAACAGGUUACAGCCGCUACUCAGUCCAUUCAAGACAGGGCUAAAAUUGAAUAUUACACCAAUAACAAAAAACGUUUUGACGCAAUGAAAUCGAGCGUUACCAAAUACAUCAGUGAAAUUAAAACCAUGAUCGAUAAAGAUAUGCGGACAGGUGUCAAAGGCUUAAUGAGGCACUUAAUAGGCAAAGUAGAUGCUCAGGCAAAUCAACAACCUCCGGCUCAACCAAAUUCCAAUCUGCUCGAUGGGCUAAGCACUGCUGUGGGUGAUCGAAAUCUUCAAUUUUCGGAUAAAGUUAAAAAAUUAUCAGAAACAUUCAAAAACUAUGCUGAUCCCAUUUUGGAUUAUAUCGAAGACCAAUUUAAAUCGCCUCCAUUUUUCCUGCCUAACGUAAAGGGUAAGAAGUCCACUGAUGAGUCUGAACGAAUUUCCGCCAUCCACUCCGCUGUGGACACCCUCCUCUCCCACCUGCGCGAGCAAAAACACUUCACCCACGAGGUCCCCGGAAUGCUGCAAAAUCUCAAGACAUCCGUGCAAGCACUCCACUCCACAAAAUUCGGCAACCCCGCGUAUCCCGUGCUCGACGCUUUCCCCAAGAGCCUGGUAAAGUUCGUCGAGCAACUGGAGAGGGGGUAUGUGAACAGGUAUGAGGGGUCUAAGGAAAUCACAUGGGAAGGAACGUUGUUUACUGGAUCAACAGAGGAAAGUAAAAUGGCCGCUAAAAUUUUCCUCAGCGUGUUUUCCAUCCUGAACACAAAUUUGAAUGAGUUGAGAAAGAGGUGCAAGGUGGAUUGGGGAGGUGAUCAAAUUAAUGAAUUCACGGAGCUUGGGACAUUCUUCUCCGAUAAUGGUUUCGUAGUGUCCGACAAUAAUAAACAGAACGGCGAGUUGCAAGACAAAGAAGGGAUGAACGGAACAAAAGUCGUCGGAUGCCUUGUCGGUGAUUAUCCUUGUGUUUUCCCUUCUGCUGAAAACACUAGGCAUGCGAUUAAUACGAUUGUCGACUCUCUCCCUGCCUACUACCAAGUCGGUCACAUCUCCACAUUCUCCGCUAAUAAGCUACCAUGUUCAGUCUACGAAAUGCUCGCAUGGUGCUCCGGUUUACGCCAUAACGGUGCGUACGAUGCGCUUAAGCAGCACAUAAAAACAGCAGUCAAGACGAAGGAUGCGCAAUCUGGUAAUGAGUUACCUUACACGGAUGCGUUCCCAAGAGCAUUCGGCGCUCAACAUCUGGAAAAUGUCCUCGACCAUAUCACAUUGCAAUCCGCUUCCGUCCUAACCAGUAUAGUAGGCCACGGCAACGCUUCUACCACCUACUCCUGUGACUACUUCAACAACUCCUUUAAAUUCAAAUAUCCCUCUAGCGGUUCAGAAUGCUUAGAUUUACUCCUUGACAUCCUUAAAAAAUUGUUCCCGCCACUGAGGUUCUUGCAUACCCAGUGCAAUCGUCGGCCUGAUCAUUACGGAUGGGCUGACUGCCUCUACGGCCAAGCUGUCGAAAUAUCAAACUGGCAAUUUAACACUCACUUAACUGACAAAGCAAGUAACCAACCAAAUAGUCAACCAAACACCGAAUCAAACUGCCAACCAGCGUGCCAAGCAAAUUGUCACCCAACCUCUCCACUUCAGUCCUACCUAACUGACUCCUUGCAUGGUCACUUGCCUCAUAAUCUAAUAUCUGUCGGGUGCAAAUCCGUAUGUAACACUUGUCCUGGCACUAAACGCGGAAUGCCAUGUCUGACUCCACUCGGAUUCAGGGCCUUCUCCGGUAGUCCGAAGAAGGGUAACGAACUAUGUAAAGUGCUUAGAAAUUUCUUCGACGAUUUCUAUCUUACAGCCUUAUUCUGUGUGGCCCCUAAACCGCCGACUACACUACCAGAGCACUUUGGUUUUGCCUUGUCCAUAGUUAGUGGUUGGCAUAAUGGUCAACCAGACGCAAACAAAAGGUCACUGCAGUCAAAUGUCGUAGCAUCGAUUACUGAUCAGUCCAUCCAGUUAUAUGUAGAUCCGUCUCAACUCACCGAUGCUCUCACCGCAGCUUACGGUUCUGUCUCCGCCAACCAUUCCGAAUGUCAAACACCGCAUCUCACAAGUCUUACAACCACUGAUUUUUGCAAAGGGAAGAGUGGAAAGAUAGACUGCGCUCCCUACAUAUAUGCUUUGUCCACCGACGCGUACAACUAUCUGGCCAAGAAACAUGCCAACCUUUACCUUUCCUGGGCGGUGUAUUUACCAUGGACGUUCUGGGACUUACUCAACAAUCUAUACGUUUCCUUCUGUGAUAUCGCUUGUCAGGAUUGGGCAUGUAAUGGGUGUCAACAGGCCGAUAAAUGUCGACGUGGUGAGCAUGGUAAAACGGCAACAUCCUGCCAGCAUAAAGAGACGUUAAAUAGCGCACUUAACUCACUUAAAGACACAAAUCUUAAUGGUAUUACUAAAUACAGGGCGGCGAUAGCCGCGGUGGCCGGUGGUGUACGUACAUAUAAUGAGAGAGUGGCAGCGUCGAAUGAUGCUGUGAAAAAAGUUAUCACUGAUCUACAUAAAUAUACACAAAGUGAUAGUAAGUUACGUGUUUUUCUUAAUAAUUUGCAGACUGCGCAUAAUCGCAGGGACACGGGAUACCAGUUGGCCAAGGACGAAGUGGACAAGAAACUUCAAGAAUGUCAAGAGCAAGCAAAAAAAUUCACAGAUAGUUUAGACACUAGUAACACUAAAAACAAACUUAAUGACUCAUUUAACGACUUGAAUGAUAGUCUGCGUGUCACACUUAGCCAUGUGCGUAGCACUGUAGAGUACGAAGCGAAGCGGCUUGAGACGGUGAAGGCGGCAAAAGCUGCGGAGUUUAGUGAUACGGAGGAAAAGAUCACGGCGACUUUAAAAUCCAUGAAAAUUAGCGUCGAUUGUAAAAUUGACGCUCAGAUUAGGGAGCUGAUUAGCAAGUUGAGGGAGAGAGUGCAGAAGAUUCUUGAUGAGCUCAGGGGAAUUGACAAAAGGUUCAGGGAGUACUAUAACGCUUUGCAGGAAUGGAUUAUCAAGGCUGAGAAAGUUGUCGACGAGGCGCACGGAGAAGUUAACAGACUCUUGGGGCAUAUUAAUAAUACCAGUACAACGUAUCCCAUGCAGAUAACUUCGAGAGCCGAACAGCUAGAGAGGGAUGUCGAGGGGCUUUAUAAUGCUGGGCAAGCGGCGACGGAGAAAGUGAAAGCGGAAGUUAAAAUAGCGCUUGCGGCUGUAAAAAGUCUGGAGACUGCGGUUAAGUAUGAUUUGCAUACGGUGAGAGGGCAGAUUAAUGAGAAGAUUGGGGAGUACGUUCGGAACACUGUCAGCAAUGUGAUGGAUGCGGCGAAAGAGGCUAAUACUAACUGGUCAGACACUGAUAAUACAAAAUUCCCUGGAAUUACGGAACUUAAGCUUAAGUUAAAAGAGGGCGAAUUAGGAACUUUAGUUAAAGAUUUAAGUGAUACAAGAGAUGCUGCAGGCUAUGCACUUGAAAACUUCUUAGAUUGGUUGAAAAUAACGUAUAAUUUGAAAACUGCCGUACCUGCAGAUACUUCCAAACUCACCAAUGCCCUCGAAACCGAUCUCACGAAGGAGCUUAAUAAUCAGCUGCCAGACGUGAAUGGGCAACAACGUGUAAGACUUGACAACCUUACAGUUUCCUUUGCCAAUGGCAAAGGCAACGGAAAUACAGGUUCAAGACAGGCCCUCGACGACGCCAUCACCAAAAUACAAACUGACGUAACCGGCGCGCUGGGGAGUAUAGAAGGCGUAAAAGAUGGCGCCUUAGCAGAUUUGCGAAAUGUUAAAGAUAAUAUAAGAAAGCUCUGUGAGGUGAUUAAAAAAGAUGCUGGAGACGACAAGGGUGAAGUGGAUGACACCCUUAGAGGACGGCUCAACGAUUUGAAGAAGAGAUAUUUUGAGGUUUAUGAGGAGGAGAAAAAGAAUGGUGAGAAGAGCAUUAAGAAGAUUCAAAAACAAUUCGGUGUCCUCCACAUGGAUCUGGUAAGUAAGCCAAUUAAGGAUGCCGAAGCGUUCAUCACAUUCUGCUCCGAGGCCGAAACAUACUUCACCAAGGAGCUCAAGGAUCAAGUCGACAAGGACGUCCAAAAGGCCAAAACCGAGAUAAUCUGCCACGCGCGCAAGCAGUACGUCGACGCAAUAAAAGACUUGUUAACAAAGUUCGCCGAGAAAGUUCAGAGUGAGUUGCAGCCUUUGCCACAAGAGCUCCGCGACGAUCUGGAACAAGGACACAAGGGUUUUGUCGAUAAGCUUGGAAGGUAUUUCAUUCUGCAAAUAAGAGACUUUUUCCCAACGCGAAUCGUUCCCCCUGAACAGCGAAAAACAUUGAAAGACUUUGCAGACAUCUUGCGUCUCCGCUUUAAUGAUUUCGUGGUUGCAUUGUGUGAUCAAGCAGAUUUCAAGAAAAACGUCAAUGUAUUCUUCGAGCCUUCACGUCAAGCAUUGCACCGUCUGCUUACUGACCUUAUCAGGUCAGAACACUUCGACCGCACUUUCAAUACGAACAUAGAUAAUUUCAAUAAUGUAUUGCAUAACUUCGCACCUAAAAAUUUCUCCGGUCCGUGCAGUCCUCUGCUGGACGCGCUUAAUGCCGGUCUUAACAGGCUGGGCACCGAGCUUAAUAAGGCUUACGUUAGCGCGUAUGACGGUGAGAAGCCUACAGAUGGCUGGGUGACAGAGGUCACUGAAACAUCCAAGUCGUCUGAUGUUGCUUCACCGAAAUACAAGUUUACCGAUGAGGGGGAGAAAUGUGCAAAAGUAUGUGCGACGCUGCUCUCUACUCUAUACACGAAGUUGAGUGACCUGAGGCAAAGAUGUAAGAAUGGUGUCAGAAAUGGUUUCAAUAAAGAUACCAUUAACAAAACUACGCGUCUCGGAAGAUUCUUCGACGGGGAAGGAUUUGUUGUUUCUGACCCCGAUGACCAGAACGGUGAGCUUCAGCACAAAAAAGGUUUCACGGGUCAGAAUAUUUAUGAAAAACUAACCGUCCAACAUACUGACCAAACCCAGAAACAUUAUAAGCUUGUCAGCGACGAGGACGACAAGGAUCCCGUUACCGGUAAGCAAGAGAAGCCGGAUGUCAAGACGACUGCACAAAAGUACAGUGUCCUCAAAGAUUUCGUCGGACAUCUCCAUCAAUAUUUCAGUGUUAACCACUACGCAACUUCAUUCUCCACUAAGCAUCCAUCAUCCAUAAACGAUAUGCUCCAAUGGCUCUCCGGUCUUCCACACAAUCACAUUUUCACCAAACUCCCGCAUCACGUUAAGACAUUGUUCGACAGGCCUAAAGAGCGGGAGCAUGAAGAUUAUUCCGCAUUCCAGCCAAACGAACUUAAACUAGAUGCCACAGUUCCGUUGUCAGCCGAAACAAUAAUCAAGGAAUUGGGAAUGGUAUGCUCACAGUCUCACUCAGUUCUCACUUCCAUUCAAGGCCACGGUCACUCGGGCGGAAUUUACGCCUGCGACUUUUAUACCAACUCAGCAAAAUUAGUGUAUCCCUCUAACCCCGGCAAAUGUUUAGAUUUACUAGUAGAGAUAUUAAGUAGAGUAUUCCACCAACUUCAUUUUCUACAUAAGCAGUGUACCUAUCCUAUGGAUCUCGGCGGUUGGCUCGACUGUGUAUACGGCAGAGCAGUUGGGGGAUCCGACUGGCACUGCAAUGCAAAACAGUGUCCCAACCAAAUGGCUCACCAAAAGUGUCCCCAACAGGGUGACCAAAAGUGCAACCAACACCCCAAGUGCGGUUUGAAAUCGCCACUCCAAUCGUUCUUGGAAGAUGGUCUCCAGGGCUUUUUGCCGCAUCCAUAUAAUAAGUCUGAUUGCAAAAUGACCUGCUCCCUUGCUAAUCACAGGGGUAUUGCGUGCAAAACCCCAAUGGGCUUCACAGACAUUAGCCAUGUGGCAUCGAGGAAGAGCACGGCUAAGCGUUUGAAAGAUGUAUUAUCACUGUUUUGCGGUAGAGCAGGCGCACCGCUUACCAAACUGUGUAGCCAGCUAAAUUGUCUUUUGCCUACCGCUCCUAAAACACUAGGAGACAUGUUUGCGUUCUACUAUAGUUUUAUCACAACUUGGGGAGAUAAGGGCAGACAACACAAAAAAGACGCCUUUGAUUUAGCCGUUCAAAAGGCUCACUUCGAACGUCCUUAUGGAGACCUUGAUGUCUAUUCCAUAUUCAAAGGUAGCCACUCAGCAAAAACGGCGGGCCACACAGAUGGUGAUCUCCUCAGCCUUGUAUGCAGCACACAGUCGCCAGGUAAAUGUGGUCUAUAUUUGAGUUCUCUAAGUAACGAUAUCAGUGCCACAUUCUCUGCAAAACACGGUGACAAAUACCUGUCGUGGAUCGUUUACAUGACAGAAACAUUUUACGACUUGCUUAAGAAAUUGUUCGAUGAGUGCAACGGUAGUUGCGGCGGUGACAGGCCUAGAUGCCGUAUCGCAAACUGUCCGCCAACCUGCACUGUUGCCAAGCAGCCAAGUACAUCCAGUCACAGUGACCCCUGCAAAUCCCUUGUCAACUGCAAAACUACGCAUCCCACUUUAUGCAAGUAUGGCUUCACAAUUAACAGCCCACCCAAACUGGGCGGUAAGGAUGACCCAGCACUCAAACGUACGUGCCACGAUUUGUGCACAAUAUUGGAAAAAAUUGUAAAAGAAGGCAGCGUACUCUAUAAUUUAGUACACAAAACAAUUCCGAAAUACUUAUUUGAAAUACGUUCUAAGUUCAUCUGGACAUUGCUAGCCCUCUGGUCGCUGUCGCUCCUCUACCUGCUGCACAUCGCCGUCGUCCGCCUGGACGUCCUGAGGAUACGCUCCCACCUGCGCUCACCCGCAAGCCACCGCGUCGCAGCUCAGUCGCUGCUCGCCGCCGCACGCGUCAAGGCGCUCGCCAACGUCAAGUACUUCUCACCAUAA